AUGGGUGUCACAAAUAAAGGGAGAAGAAACAAGAUCAAUAAACAUAUCUUAAUAGGUGUUGGUGUUGGAAUUGGAGUAUUUCUUUUGUCAUCUGCCUUAUGUUUUGCUUGGCAUAGGCACCAAAAAAGAAGGGAAGGAUCACCAUCUUCAAAUCCUCUCAUAGGAUCCUCCUAUGCAGAGACAACAUCUAGGAGAGGAGAUCCUGAGUUGGGAAGCACUACCUUCCAAACCCACUUUUUCUCCUACCAAGAGCUCCAAGAGGCAACCAACUAUUUCAAUGUGUCCAACGAACUUGGGGAUGGUGGAUAUAGCACAGUUUAUAAAGGUAAACUAAAAGAUGGGCGUACGGUUGCAGUGAAGCGGUUAUACAACAACAACUACAAAAGAAUAGAGCAAUUCCUUAAUGAGGUCAAGAUCUUGUCAUGCCUUCGACACCAAAAUCUUGUCACACUCUAUGGUUGCACACCACCAGAGAGCCAAGAGCUCCUACUUGUUUAUGAAUUCAUACCAAAUGGCACUAUUGCGGAUCAUCUACAUGGCUCCAGAUCCAAUCAAAAAAAUCUCACAUGGCCUCUCCGAAUGAGCAUUGCUAUUGAAACAGCUGAGGCACUUGCUUAUCUUCAUGCAAUUGAUCCCCUAAUAAUUCAUAGAGAUGUCAAGACUAAUAACAUUCUUGUCGACAACAAUUUUCAUGCCAAAGUUGCUGAUUUUGGACUAUCAAAACUUUGCCCAACUGAUGCUACACAUAUCUCUACUGCACCACAAGGUACACCAGGUUACUUGGACCCUGAAUACCACCAAUGCUUUCAGCUCACAAAUAAGAGUGAUGUCUAUAGUUUUGGAGUUGUCCUUGUAGAGCUUAUAUCAUCAAAGCUAGCCGUGGAUCUCAAAAGGCAGACAAGUGAGAUAAAUUUGGCUAGCAUGGCAAUUCAUAAGAUUGAAAAUUGUGAGCUAGAGCAAUUAGUUGAUCCUUUCCUUGGUUAUCAAUCUAAUAUGGUUGUGAAGAUGGCAAUUAGCCAAAUGGCUCAGUUAGCUUUUAUAUGUUUGCAAGGGGAGAAGGAGAUGAGGCCUACCAUGAAAGAGGUGCUUGAGAUGUUGAAAGACAUUGAGAGUAAAAUGCAAAUACAUCAAAAUACUGAGACAUUAUCACCUAAUUCAGUUGUUGAUAACUGGCCAAGUAGAGGUAGCACGCCAUGAAUUUAUGACACUUGUAUUAAAUUUGUUCUGUAUAUUGAUUUUGUGAUUAUUUUAUGCUUGG